UUUAGUUCGUGGAGUUGACACUGAUAGGAGAUUGUAGACAAAUUUAAUGCUCUCUUGCUGGUCUAUUCAGUCUACAAAAGGCAAUCGAUUAAGCGCCUACAAUCUACCCGGAGCAAGUGUAAUAUAAGUAGUCUCAACUCUCGACCUGGAGUUUCUUGGUAUAGAGAAUGUUAUUCACUAAUUCGAAAAUUCAUUGCGAUUCCAUCAACUACUUCAUACCUGAUAGCACAAUCUGAUAAAUUAUGUUUUUGUGGAUAGAACUAGUUAUUAGAAGAAAAAAAGUUGCAAACAAUGUGUGGAUAAUGUUGACACUCGAAUAUUUCUGAUCAAUGUUGUAUGCAUUCAUCAAAAUCUCAGACGAUUGUGUAGAGAUUAAGUUUCUAAUCGAGUUGUAAAUACUUAGAAUAAAUAAAUAACAACUUCCUCGCACUGUCUCUGUUGAAGAAAUACAACAGUCUUGAACUUUGAGCAACAUUCAGAUUGGGCUGGAACCUCAUUGGCAUUGUAAUAACUUGGACUUAGGUUUACGGUUACAGAAAGAAUUAAGGAUCAAUAACAGUACCAGGAGAAGUCGUUGAUGAAAUGCUAGUGUGGACAUUGCUAGUUCUUCAGUCUACGCUCAUUUCUACAGCUCCGACUUUGCUAUAGCGCUAAAAUUGUGAUCGCCCCUGGCGGUAGUUUGACCAAUCAGACUGCCCAUAUUGACACUGAAUUGGGCGCUCGGCAGGUCCAGUUUGUCCGGUCUUGAGUCUAUUUCUGAGCUCCCGGAUCAUUUCAUUCGUACUGCUCUGAUACUCGUUCUAUUUGUGUACCGGCAUUCCUCUAGAAAGUAUUGGAGGAUCUCCUCCUGUUGCGUUCACCUGAAUAUAGAGCUCAAGAAUUCUAUAGAGUAGAUUAAAAAAAAAACACUAAAGGAAAAGCCUUUUUUUAUAUAUAUAAAAACAUAACAGAAGAUUACUUGGGCCUUUUUGUUAUUGUGCCUUUGAUAAGUUUCUAAAGCAGAUAACACAGCAUUCUAGUUGGCUAGAUUCCAGUCGUUAUGACAGUGUGGUAACGUGUGUUGGUGUUGUGUACACUUCAUCGAUCACGAGAUCAUUUGUAAUUAAACGCUUGGACCAGCUGUUGUCCCAAAAUGGCUAGUUUGGACUUAUUUGUGUUAUUCUGUAAGGAGGGAGUAUACUAAUGGAUUAUCAGCGAUGAUUAUUUGUGUGGAUUGAAUGCAUCAACUUGUGAUCGAACACAUUUCUGUUACCAACGACUGAAUUCCUUUCACCUUUAAGUUAGGAUAAAGUGGUCAGGACAGUUUCGGCAAUGUCCGGCCAGGAAGCAGAGACGUCAAGUUUGGAUGGCGCGGUGACUUUAAAUUUCUCUAGAGCCACAGGCAUAUUUGCUGAUCAUUUUUAUGGUUUCGAUGGAUUUGAAGAAUUGAGAAAAUUUAUUAAACAAGGCAACGAAUUCAGUAAAGAAGUUUCUAUAUUAUUACAAGAAAGGUCAGAGGCUGAAACUCUGUAUGCCAAAAGUUUAUCAAAGAUCGCCACUAAACUGUUGAAGGCAUGUGGCACUGGAGUAGGUUCUCUAACAGAUGGAUGGAAGGCAGUAGCAGUAGCCAUGGAACAAGAAGCAGAAUUACACAAAAAUCUGGCAGCUGGCCUGUUGGAUGAAAUCAGCAAACCUCUAAAAGGUUUUGUUGAAACACAGAUCAAAGCUCGUAAACCUCUGGAGGCAUUAGUCGAAAGGUCAUACAAAAACUUAACAGACAGGCGUGCUGAAGAAUUCAAGUGCAAGAAACAUUCCUAUUCAUGCUGCCGUGACUAUGAAAAAGCAGAAAUUUCCUUGGUAGAUGCUAAAGCUGGAAAGUCAAAAGAUACAGGGAAGGGAGAAAAAAAAAGUAAGCAGACUUUAGCACUGUUAAAAAAAGCAGAUAAAGAAUACACAGAAGCCUGCUAUAAGGCUGAAUCAUCUCGACAGGACUGGGACAUGACUGUUGCAAGGGCCAGCACGUCAAUGCAAGAGAUAGAAGAGGAGAGAUUGAAAUCAAUGCAAGACUAUCUGAACAAGUACAACAGUCAUAUAUCUGUUCUUUCACCAAAACUAACUCAGUAUUUUGACCGCCUGAAUGAGGCAGUGUUGACAGUAGACUUACAGCAUGACCUACAAAUCAUUGUACAACAAAAAGGAGUUAAAGGACCUCGGCAGCCAGAACAGAUUCUUCUUGACUGUUAUGCAGAAGACAGUCAAAUCAGCUUGGAUGUUGAACGAAGGAAAGAUGCUUUGAAAAAUUAUUUAAUUCAUUUGCAUCAGUUCAUAGAGAAGGAAAGAAAAGGAAAAGAAGGUGUUCAGAAACUGGUGGAAGUUUACAGAAAUAAACCAAGUUUUGCAGAUGCAGAAACACAAGAAGAUACAAAACAAAAACUGGAACAGACGACAUUCAUGCUAAAUUUUCUGGAAGCUAGUCAUUAUAAGAUCAACAGUAAUUUGUGUCAACUUGAGGGGAAAUCUCCACCACCAAGUAUCUUCUCCCAGUACAUAGAAACUGUCAGAGAUAAACAGAACAUGCUAAGCAGCACAUUAAAACUUCCCUUGAAUCUGGCUUUAGAAGGCAAUAAGGAUUACAUGGACUGCCAUGCACCUAAUGACUAUUAUCAGGACAUCAACUCACCAGAAGAUGAAUUUAUUGACGAAGAGUUUCCAUCUCCCACUGUCAUUGGUAACUGUAAAGCUAUUUAUGAUUUUGAUGCUACUAGACCAGAUGAGCUGACUAUCAAAAGAGGUGAUAUUAUAUGUAUUUAUGAGAAAUUACGUGAUGGCUGGUGGGAAGGUGAAGCUAAUGGAAUUCGUGGCAUCUUUCCAUCAACCUAUGUGGAAGAGUGUUAACAAUAUUGCUAGAAGAUUGGCUUUAAUUUAUUUGAUAUUCACCUCGUUGAAUUAACUCUUACCAAAACUUGUUCUUACCAAGUGGGAUUUCAUUGAGGAUUAUCUCUUGAAAGAAAGGAAAAAGUGUAAUUAUUGAGUUGUUGUGGAUGAAAAUGUAAUAGGAAACAGAUUUAGUUUUCUGGUAGGAAUCAAGUUUAUAUUUCUAUUUUUGAUUAGAUUCUUAUAUUUCUACUUAAUAUUUGACAUAAUAUUUAAUUGUAUUAAACUUUUCAUAAUUGGUUCGAAAUACUCAAUUAAGAAAGAAUUCAUUUGAAAUGGAUUUCUGUUUUUUUCUUACGUUAUGUAAAUUGAGAUCAAUAAAAAACAAAAGAACUCAAAAUUAAAAUGUAUUUACAAAAAUUCAAUUCAAUUUGUAUUCUAUGAAAGAAAAUAUCCUUUGGACUUUCAUAUAUUAUCAUGAAAUAGCUUUUUCAAAGAUUUUAACUAAAUUAGUUGAAAACUUUAUUUGGUAGAUGUAGAAAAGAUAUAUUUUUUUAAAUAGAACAUUUCAAGCAUAAUUUUGUUUCCUCACACUAAUUGAAGUGUUCAGUGUAAAUAGAUAUAUCAGAAUGUACAGAUUAUAUUUCUACAGUCAACAAAUUAUUUGUACAGUUAUUUUAUACAAUGUUUCAUGAAAUUUAACUUUUCUACCAGUCUAGUGCCAGUAAUGAAUGAAUGCAAGUUAGAAGCUGUCCUGUACUCCAUACCAAUUAGAAGCUGUCCUAUAUAAGUUUCACACACAUCUUUUUUUUUUCCACCACUGUUGUUAGAGUCAAUAACUUUUUCUGUGAUGACUUUGAAGCAAUAUUGUCAAGACUUUUGUUCUGCUAUUUGUACAAUUGAAUUUUGGCUUUCCUAAAUUUCUUUAGAAAAUGUUGCUUUGUAAAGAAGUUGUGACUCCAGUUGGAAACCACUGGUUUAGUGGAAGUCUUAAAACAGUGUUAUGUGAUAGACUAUCUUCUAGAAAUGUGAUGAUGAAUGAUGCAAAUAUUUAUUUUUUUUGCUUGUAUUUAAACACAGAGCUUUAUCUUGUCUCUAUUUACACUUUUAUUUGUCUGAACUAUUUGGUUGUGUUCUUGAUGGCGCAAUUUCUUUGCUUCAUUUAGUGUUGUUGUUUUUUUUCUCUCUUUCUGGCUUGUGUUAUGUUAAAACAUAAAUCUGUUUCAAGAUGUACUGAAUCAUUGAGGAAAAUGUUUUAAGUAUUUGUAUCAGGGUACUUCAGGAACUUUAAGGACUAUAUAGAUUUUUUUGCCACAAUUUUUUUUUAAUUAGAGAGUGACUUUACUAACACUUUUUUUGUUUGUUCUGUGAAUGCAUUACUUGACUGACUUGUAGUAGUUUGAACAUUUUUCUGAUGUUUUGGCAAAUAUAAAUAGUUUCUCCAGUCUUUAGUUUUUGAUUAUUUAAAUUACAAUUAUAAAUCAAUCAGAUGUUUUAAAAACAUAAAAUCAACCUUAUGUUGUUUCCUUUCAUAAAAGCUAAGAUAAUUUUUUUUUGGUUGUAAAAUUUCAUGUUAAUAUAUCAAAUAUAUACACUUACAUAGCAUGAAAAAGCUGUCAAUAUUUAGCUUAAUCCUGUGUCUAAAUACUGUAGCUAUUGAUCCAUGUACUCAUCUGUACUUGAAACCAUUGUAAAUAGAAAUAUUAUGACUAUUUUGCUGAUAUGUGAUACAUUAAUUUUUAUUCAUUAUGUUCAGUACAUUGUUUUACCAUUACAUACUUUUUGAUGGGUCUUAAUUAACAUGGACACUUUAAGGUAUUUAUAAAGACAUUCUUAAUAAGAAUAUUCCUAGAUCUUAUAAAGGCUUGUCUUUGAAUCUGAGGAUUAAGAAGGAGCCUUGUAUGGCUAUGCAGAACUAGCUGUGACCUACUUAUUUUACCAUAUCCAAUACAGACGGUCAUCUUCAGAGGUUCAAUUAAAGUUCUGUUUUUUGCCGUAGCUUUCCUUUUGAUCUCACAUGUGUGUCCCAUGGCCUUUGUUCUCUAUAGAGUUUUGUGGAAGCCAACUGCUGCUGAACUCCAGGGAGCACCUCUGUUCUGUGAUCCUCCUAGAAGCUCACCAAAAUAGAUUGCUUUUGGCAUAUUGUUGUCACCCAUACAGGAUCGGUGUGGAACAAUAAUUAGUGCUGCUACAUUCUCCUUGCCAUGCAUACCCAUGCAAGAGGAACCUUUGGUGAGAACUGUAGAAACGCCUUUAUUGUUUCAAGAAAGCAAGAAAUGGCUCUUACAUGUCAUGUUUUAUUAGAAAAUAAUUAUAAGAAUAGUCCAUGUCAUCCCUUAGAUUUUGUUCCAAGAGAAUAUUCUUCCAUUUUAAUCCUUGACAAAACAAAUUUGAUACAAGACCACCCAGCCUAUGUAAUGGAUUCACAUUGCCUCAAAUUAUGGUGAUAUGACACUGUGCUCAACUCUUGUGUCUUGUUCUUUUUUUCAACUUUCACUCCUUUAAGACGAGAUCUUGCAACAAAAGAAAAUUAUUUUUUUUACAAACUUUAUUUCACUUUUUUUCUUUUUUAUUAUUUGACUCAGCUAAAUUAAUGUAGCUUCAAAUAAGAUAAGAUGUUUUUUGUUUUUUUGUGAACAUAUAUUUGUAAAAUCUCUCAGCAUGUACAUUUGAAACAUAUUUUUGUUAAACUGGCACAGAAGCUGUAAGUAAAUGCAGUUUUUUAAAAUUUCUACUCAAAUAGCUGUAAGUUUACAAACUUAUACUAAAAAUCUUAAACUUGACCACUGAGAUUAAUUGCUGUAAUGAAACAAGUUAUAAGUUGAUCCUCUUAUAACAUUGGUGCUCAAAAGACAUUAAAUACAUUGAUCCAAGAAUGGAAUUUUUUUAGUAUUAGUUUUUUACUUUGAUAACUUCCAAUAUAUUGAGGUGGUUAUUUUGGAAUGGAAGGAGUUAAUUCAAAGCAAAUAAAAGUUGUUGUUUUUUUUAUCUAGCUAACAUACAGAUCAAAUUUGUAUUUUCCUACAAACAUUUUUGAAAUUGCUCUAGAAACCAGCACAUUCAAAUAGGUCAUUAUUACAAAAAAUGGUAAAUGGCUACUGUAUACUUUUCAGCAGUGAUACGGCUGUUAUCUUUACCUGAAAGAAUUUUGCCAAAGUUUAAAAACUUUGUCAACAAAUAUUUUGUUUUUAAGAUUUUUAUUAUUGCUGUAAUGGAAGUGACAUUAUAUUGUUUGUUUUUGAUGUGUGACAUUUCUUCAAGGAAAGUAACUCAAUCUCAGAGCUUUACUUUGUCGUUGAACAAUAUUUUGACAUCCUAUUUACACAUAGCAAGGUUUAGGCUUUUUAAACUAUUUUUUUUAGGAUACUAUUUAGGUAUGUUAAAGUUAAGUAUCUCUUGCUAUUUAUGCAAUCAUAUUUUUUAAUAGAGUGUUUAUUUUAAAAAAUCUUUCGUUUCAAAAAUUUCAACAGUUUUUAAUGUAAUUCUCAUUUUGGUUCCUAGUGGUGCUUGUUUUUUGUUUUUUCUAUUUUCUUUUAUAAUACCUCUAUUCAUGUACAACUUCAUUGAACCAGGAAACUGGAUCCAGAAACCUGGAACGCUGAUCUCAAAAACGUCUCUUAUGAUUAUUCUAUAAAUUCAAUAGUUGAUGUAUAUUGCUGAGAAAAGAAUAACUAGCUCGAUGGCCACAUGGGGGAAAACUCUAGUUUGAACAUUAUAACUUUUCAAAGCAAAAAAAUAAGUAAAUGUAAAUUCGUCUGGGGACCUAUUAAUCCAACAUUGGUUUUGAAAGGACUAUCGCGAUUUCGAAAUGAUUAUCAUGUUCCAGAAUGUAAGGCAGUAUUGAUCCAAGAAUAUAAUAAAUUAAUGUUCAGGAAAAUUUUGCACAUGAUCUUGUAAGUCUAGAUUUAAAGGCUUAUCAUUGGAAAGAUUACAUCUAGUUUCUAGAUAUAGGCUAGAUCUUCUAAAUCAGAAUUUAAGGUCUAGUGUUAGAUCUGAUGUCCAUAUAAUGAACAUACCAAUAAAUAAUCACACAAGUAUGCCUUGCCUGCUAGCCGAAUCAGAAAAAUCAUACGUUUAAACUGCGGAAGUUAUCAUGGGUUUGAUACCUGAAUUAAAUCAAAUUUUUUUUUUAUUAAUUUUUUUUUAAAAUUAUUUUAUUGUAUUCUAACUUAGAUAAUGGAGGUAAACUCUUUUUAAAAACAUAUUUUUUAUGUUUUUCUUGUUAAAAGUGUGAAUCUGUCCUCAAAAUGGGACAUUAUUAUUUUUAGAAAAUUUUAAAUUUAAAGGUAGUAGAAUUUUUGUUUCCAAUAAAUUCCUUAAAUCUCUAAAAGAAUGCUUAACUAGGAUAUACACAGGAUUCAUUCACUGGAGUCAAAUUGAAAAUGACAGAUACUGUGGGCUUGAUGUAUGAGAACCAAAAGUAAUAGCAAGAAACCAUGACCUAUUGAAGCUAUUAUUAAGAAACUUUAGAACAAAAAACAUUUUUGGCUUCUUGAUAAGCUGUCUUAAUUUUUAUUUUUCUGUCGUGUGCGUAUAUGGCCUUUAACUUAAGAAAUGUAUCAAUGCUGAAAGGUAUACAUUAAACUCUUAUCAGAAAUACCAUUUUUAGAUUCUUAUCAAACAAAAAUGAAAACAUAAUUCAGUUUCUUUAUCUGACCUCAAAACCAGCUUCAUAUUAGACCACCAUUGCUAAGAAAGUUUCAUCUGUAUUUGUAGAUAGUUCAUUUUAUUUUAUAGUCUCAUUAAUCAACUCAGAAGUCUCUCUUUCUCUAUCUGCUUUGUGGUGAAUAAUUUAUGGAUGUACAUAUUUGUUCGGGCAUUCGGAUAUAUGAAACGUGGACUGGCUUUGGAUUUUGUUUGUUUGGAUUAUCACUAAGUCUUUUGAUACUUGAUGAUAGUCUGCACAAAGUUUUAACUUUUUUUUUUCAAUGUCAGGGUAAUGAGGCCAGUCCAAAUAUUAUUUUAAAAAACAGAAACUAUAUUACCACUUACCUAGUUUGGAAUUAUUUAUUUUUUCUUAGAAAUAUAAAGUAAAAGAUUUGAAAUUAUUUAAAAUAGGUAAGAAAACUUUUUGCAAAUUUGCAUUUUUAUCAAUUAAAAAAGUAUUCAUUGGCUGAGUGAACAGCAGUCAUUAAAUCCAAAGAGUUUAUUCUUAUAUCAUUUUCAAAUACUUAUAAGCUUUUAUAAUAAGCUGUCAGUGGAAAUAAUUUUAAACAAAUGACAUUAUUAUAAGGUAUAAUACUAAGCUGAGAGUUGAAAUAAUUUUAAACAAAUUACACAUUAAAAUGUGUCAAAACAUAAAAAUCUUGUUUUUUUUUUAUCUUUAACAAAUUAUCUUUCAACUGGAUAGUGAAAAUGUGCUACAUGAACUAGUAUGUUGUAGUUUCUUAUGUUAGAAAUGAUCAUCUAUGCACUGAGUAUAAUGACAUCAUUUAUACAGAUACUAUAUUAUAGACAUUGCCUUUACUCACCUUUAUACUGUUGUGUUGUCAGCUGUCCCAAUGUUGGUCAUUUUGUUGUAACAAAUGUUAUGUCCUCAAUUUUGUUGUUACCAGCUCACAAUCACAUUGUUGUUAUAUGUGUCAGUGUUACACAUUUCAUAUGUUCCAAUAAAAUAUGAUUUGUUUCAGAA